CGUCAGUUGAAUAAGCGGAGAAUCGUACAUUACACAUCCUAUGAUGCCCGAAAACUUACCAAUGCGGCGUUUCUCAUGGGAUCAUACCAAGUAUGAAGCAGCUUUCAGUCUCACCAAAUCGGUGUCAGGUUAUUUGCCUCAACAGGACACCUGAAGAGUCCUAUCGAAAUCUGUGCACAAAUGAUUCAAUUCCCUUCCUUCCAUUUCGAGAUGCGUCGUUUGUUCCGUCCAAUUAUCAGCUUACCCUACUGGAUUGCCUUCACGCCGUCAGCAAGGCCGUGGAACACAAGUUCUUGGAUUUGUCGACGUUCAAUCUUGCGGAAUACGAAUACUAUGAGCAAGUGGAAAACGGUGACCUAAACUGGAUAGUGCCAGGAAAAUUUAUUGCAUUCUGUGGACCUCACGCACAGAGCAAAAUAGAAAAUGGUUAUCCACUCCAUGCUCCAGAAGUGUAUAUCCCGUAUUUUCGGAAGCACAACGUCUCCACCAUCAUUCGACUAAACAGGAAGGUGUACGAUUCACGGCGAUUCACCGAUGCAGGAUUCGAUCAUUUCGAUUUAUUUUUCGCUGACGGGAGCUAUCCACCGGAUGAUAUUAUGUUACGAUUCCUUCAGAUUUGUGAACAGGCUCCGGGAGCAGUUGCCGUGCACUGCAAAGCUGGAUUAGGUCGUACUGGAACAUUGAUUUCGUGUUACCUUAUGAAGCACUAUCGAAUGUCCUCACAUGAGGUGAUUGCUUGGUGUCGUAUUUGUCGCCCUGGUUCGGUGAUUGGGCCACAACAGCAUUGGCUGGAUUUGAAGCAGCACUUUUGUUGGAAUAUGGGUGACUUAUAUCGAUCGAAACAACGCGUCCAAAUUAUACAUGCACCACCAAUGAGUGGAGACUUUGAAGUGACAACGAACGCAGCGCAUACGUCCAGUGAUUCGAAUGCGCAGCAACCUGAACACCCGACUUGUGGAGAUGGCCUUGACUCUCGUGAGACUUUAGCAGAAGGCGCACGAACUCCGGAGUUACAGAUAAACGAUGCAGAGCUAGAAGUGACCGAUGCUGUCCUUUUUCCUCCACUUCUUGGAAUAUACCUCUCUUUUCGGUUUCUUCCACACAGCAGCGGACAGCCUACCACUAUGACCUCCGGAGAUCCUGUUGAUGAGAAUAGACCACCUUUGGCCAAUACAUUGCCUAUUCCUCUGAGACUUUACCUCCCGAGAGAUUCGGUACAACUAGAUUCAUUAGCGACAGUUGAUUCUUCUUCGUCAAUCCCAAAGUCACAACGAAAGUCAGCUACUCACCAUAACGGCGAACCUACGUUGAAGACUAUGAACAAUAAGUCUCACCUGACCGAAGACGCGACUUCGCUCUCCGAUUCUGUUCGGGAAGGUGUUGUUCCCAAGACAAGUAUCAAUUCCAAUUCGAAAACCACGCCCCAAACAGGGACUGCUGAAGAGCCCGCUAAGGAGUUGACGCAAGGUGAUCAGCUCAACCGACUAAAGCUCCUUCGCAGACAAAUCCAAAAACGAAUCACUCAGCUGGAAGCGGAGCGUAAUUCGAUUCAAACAAGGUCAUCUAGCGGUCCGGCGGCGUACACUAGGCGCAAGAAAAAUUCGUUCUCUGCAGGCAAGUCGGAUCUGCCCUCCCAGAACAGAGUACUCGAUAACUAUUCGCAUACCGCUACCUCUCCAGAAUCAAAUGUCCAUGUUACGACAGCACCUGGUAAACAAUCGAAAACGGACACACGAACAAAGCGUCCUCCAUUGAGUAAGGAAUCAAAGCCUGUGGCCUCCACUGAUUCCGAUGUCCUGUCGCCUGUAAAAUCAUCGACCUUGCGCAAGUCUUUGGACUUUGUUGCCCGGACCUUAGGUAGUGGCGUUUCCGCUUCUGAUCCUGAUAACACUCGGGUACGAACGUCUUCACGAUCUUCCUUAUCGCAGAAUCACCAGUCUGUCGCUGUAGGUCCUGGAAGUGUGGAUGCGAUUCUUAUGGAGAAAAACUCUCCAUCGUGUGUGACGUCGUCCGGUAACCACCGCUUAGACCCUAUCCUUUUGGAAUCCCCUGAUUCAGCCAAACCACCAUCAAGUCCGAUUACUGGCAUCCGUACAGUUGAUGUAGCCCUUCACAAUUUUGAGCGGACUGGCGUAAUUCCCGGCAGCUCACUUCCAACAACUCAGUGUGGACCGCGGCUUAAUAUCCGCAGAAAGUAUUCGGCUCCUCAGAUGGCUGAACAGGAAACAUCACGAUUCUCUCAUCGGCAACCGUCACUUCGCCUGCCCAACAAGAUAGGACAACUGAGAUACGAACUCGAUAUCGGCAUUCGGCCACAAACGCGGUCGCACUCCUCCGCUUCAGAACAUACUCUGUACCCGAGCUAUACGAUUUCGCCAAGCGUGUGUUCAAAUGAUGUAACUAGAAAUCCUUACUAUACUCGCUCUCAUCGGAACAAAUUGGGUCAACAGCCCGUAGAAGACUUCAGCGAAUAUUUGCGCAGUUCACCUGGUAUAGGUGGUUCGGAUAGCCUUACGAACCAAAUCUACCGGUACAAGCUUCCUUCUGGUUCGCUAGCUCACUAUACCAAUGGUACUUGGAUUCCGCUUGCAGGAUACCAAACCUCAGUGCCAUCCGAGUCGUAUGAAUCGAGACUGCGCAGUGGAACCACCUAUUCCACAGUGUCUCGAACAAAACCACUAUUGCAGUAUUCAUAUGUACUCAACUGAUUCUCCGAAGCACACCCAGUUUCUCCUCAUCUGUUUUUGGUGCUGCAUUCCCUCCCACAAACAACAACCCGUAUCCCCAUUAUUUGAAUAACUCGACGAUGAUCGUCAUGUCAAGGGCUUUCAGAAGAGCAGCUACACACGUCUUUAAACAGAUCAUCGUAUUACUUGUAUUAUUAUUUUCUUACCUUGAAUUAAUUACAGAACAUUUACUUUUCAUCGAUUUCAUCACGUUACCUGAGCGCCUAUCAACAAACUGCCAACAGUCUUGGAAGUUUCCUUUUAGAUCCCAUCCCCGAUCGUUGUUGGAAGUUUUAACUCUGUCCCGAAAACAAACUGCCUUUCAUUUUCGCUGGUCGACGGAGCUAUGUUUCUGUAGAAACCCACUUGUACCAGUUUUGUGUUUCUUCUCUUUUUCUAAGAGUUUUAAAGAGUUUUCUCUUUCAUUUUUGCGCCUCCCCUUCCUACUGUCGCAUACUGUGCGCCGAACCCAUGCUGGUAUUUCAUCUGUGGUAUUCAUCUUACCCCAUAUCUAGUACGUGAUAUUCGUACAUCACUUGAAUUGUGGUUUUCGU